GUUCCGGUGGGUUCCCGCCCGCCCUGCGUCCGGGGGUGGGUCCGGAUCCCGCUGACCGGCGCCAGGGCGGGGCCUUGGGUCCCGGACGCUGAGCCUCGAGCCCAAGACCCACUAGUGUCGCCCGGAGGCCCAUGAGACAUGCCUACCCCCCGCGACGCUGAGAGCCAGAAGGCUGAUAUCCGGAAGGACGUGCAGAACUACUACGGGCAGGUGCUGAAGACAUCGAAGGACCUCCAGACUAAUGCCUGCGUCACCACAGCCAGGGCGGUCCCCAAGCACAUCAGGGAAGCCCUGCAGAAUGUACAUGAAGAAGUUUCUUUAAGGUAUUAUGGCUGUGGUCUGGUCAUCCCUGAGUGUCUGGAAAACUGCUGGAUUUUGGAUCUGGGUAGUGGAAGUGGCAGAGAUUGCUAUGCACUUAGCCAACUGGUUGGUGAGAAGGGCCAUGUCACAGGAAUAGACAUGACCAAAGGCCAGGUGGAAGUGGCUAAAAAAUACCUUGACUAUCACAUGGAAAAAUAUGGCUUCCAGACCUCCAAUGUGACUUUCAUUCAUGGCUACAUUGAGAAGUUGGCAGAAGCUGGAAUUCAGAAUGAGAGUUACGAUAUUGUUAUAUCCAAUUGUGUUAUUAACCUUGUGCCUGAUAAAGAACAAGUGCUUCAGGAAGUGUAUCGUGUCCUGAAGCACGGUGGGGAGCUAUAUUUCAGUGACGUCUAUGCUAGCCUUGAAUUGCCAGAAGAAAUCAAGACACACAAAGUUUUAUGGGGUGAGUGCCUAGGUGGUGCUUUGUAUUGGAAGGAUCUUUUCCUCCUUGCCCAAAAAAUUGGAUUCUGCCCUCCACGUUUGGUCACUGCCAGUCUCAUUACAAUUCAAAACAAGGAACUUGAAAGAAUUAUUGGUGAUUGUCGUUUUGUUUCGGCCACAUUUCGCCUCUUCAAACUCCCUAACACUGGACCAACUAAAAGAUGCCAAGCUGUUUACAAUGGAGGAAUCACAGGACAUGAAAAACAAUUAAUAUUUGAUGCAAAUUUCACAUUUAAGGAAGGUGAAAUGGUUGAAGUGGAUGAAGAAACAGCAGCUGUCUUGAAGAAUUCACGAUUUGCUCGAGAUUUUCUCUUCAGACCAAUUGAAGACAAGUUGCCAACAUCUGGAGGCUGUUCUGUUUUAGAGUCAAAGGAUAUUAUCACAGAUCCGUUCAAGCUUGCAGAAGAUUCUGACAACAAAAAGCCCAAAUGUGCCUCCAAUGUUGCAGGAAGCUGCUGUGGCAAAAAGAAAAGCUGCUAAAUCUACAACUAGGAGACCACGAGGCUGAAGAACAGGCGCCAUGUUUUUAGCCUGCUCUCCUUCAUAGCAUAGAUAUAGGAAUAAAUGGCAAAAGGCACCAUGUUUUAGGUCACUGAUGAAAUAAGUGAAUGACUUUAGAAGGUGUUGAUUAAAGGUUCACAACAAAUCACCUAGAGUUUAGACUAGUUAAACUGCUUUAUUCUAUUCUUCAAUUAUUCAGAGUUCUAGUGCCACUUAGUGGUCAGAAGUGGAACUGAGUGAGGCAGUCUUAGGGCUGGGUCAAGGAAUAAGAAAGCCUUCAGUCAUAGAGUUGGCAGAGACUCUCAGGAAGAACGUCUUUCUCCUGGCCUGCGGGCAGCACCUUUUGGUCUUUUCUCCGUGUUUUCUCUAAACAAAGCUAGUACUGAAAUCAUAUGAAUCAUGCCAAAAAUGGCAAAUCAAAUUUGGUAGGCGUGCUCUUAAUAACUGUCAUUUUUUUUGGUACUGGGGAUUGAGCCCAGAAGGGCUUUACUACUGAACCACAUCCCCAGCCCUUUUAAUUUUCUUAUUUUAAGAUAGGUGUUGCUAAGUUGCUGAAGCUGGCCUCCAACCUGCAA